GUGAAUUCUUAAUCCUAGAUUUCAAGCUAGUGAAGGAACUAUUUGGCAUCAUGGCUUCUUAUGAUGGUGGAGGAUAAAGGCUAUGGGCCAGUGCGGCUCCUAUUGCAUUUCCACCCCACUUGAAUUCUGAGGUUAAAAGUCCAGAAGACUAUGAAAUUCCAUUACCCAUUAAUGGGUCGAGUUCGUUCCAGCGGAAUUAAGUUCAGAGAAGUCCGGACCAUCACCCACAAACAGGCGGCGGAGACCAAACUCGUCAGAAUUUCCUACACCGACGCCGAUGCAACUGAUUCGUCGAGUGGAGAAGACGAAGAGCCAACCUUUAUCCGCCACGUCAAACGUCACGUGACCGAGAUCAGGCUUCUCACCAAAAAAGUGCCGCCGAAAUCCAGAGCUAACUCGCCGCGAAAUUCGGAGAGUCAUAGAAAGUUUCGUGGAGUUCGGCAGCGGCCGUGGGGGAAAUGGGCGGCGGAGAUCAGAGACCCUUUACGGCGAACGAGAGUUUGGCUUGGAACCUACGACACGGCGGAGGAAGCCGCCGUCGUUUAUGACCGAGCCGCUGUUCGCCUUAGAGGUCCUAGCGCUCUUACCAAUUUCGUUGCCGAAACUCCCCAUUCCGAAACAACUGUUGUCACAUAUCUCACUCCACCGCCGCCGGAAAAUCAGAGUACGGCGGUGGUGGUUUCCGAUAGCAAAGAAUCUCGGAGUCUCUGCUCUCCGACUUCCGUUUUGAGAUUAGAAGAACAAAAUUGGAGAGCCAUUGACCAUUAUCUAAGCGAAGAAUCAGGAUUAGAAGACGAUUUCAAUUGGCUAUAUGAUCGGAAUUCUAACAGUUUACUGUUCAAUUUAAGAAGCCCACAACCGAUAUUUCCUGACCAAAUGGAAAUGGCAAUUCCGAAAUGGGAAGAUUUCGGAGACAUUUCGGUGGAUUUCGAUUCAUGUAAAUGGGACGUAGAGAAUUAUUUUCAAGAUCCAACCUUUAGUAUUGCAUUGACUGACUGACAAACUAGCUGGGAUUGUACGGGCAGUUGUGACUGUGAGAGGGGUUUUGUUUUGCAAUUUUUUUUUUUUUUUUUUUUUAAUUUAUUGAUUUGUUAUCAUUAAUUUCUACAUUUUUCUUUGUUUUAUUUUUGUAUUCUAAUGUAUGUUUUAUGAGCUUUAUAUUUUGGAGUGAAUUGUAUUGUCUGGAAAUAGAAUAGUGAGGAGCAACUUUAUGUA